CAGAUGCAGCAGUCACGUCCUCAAGUUUCUAGCCACACGUCUAUGCACUGCUGUGCAGUGACACACAGGGACACUCCGCCAGUACGAGAGAAACCAGGUAACUGGAUUCCACUGCAAUGAACAAGCCAGCCAUCAUGAGAGACACCCCGACCCAGCUGAGGCCAAAGACGAACAGAGGAUCUAAACGACUAGAUGGGACUGGUUACCUUGGGGUGCAGGUCCGAAUGCCAGUGAGGGACCUGCUUAGAAAACUGCGUCUGUCCAAAGGUCUUGACCCCAGUGAAAUAAAGAGAUAUCCAGGUACGGAACAAAAUGCCUCAGGAGAGAGGAAACGAGUGACGACCUCAGGUACCCGAAAAAAGAGGCAGAAUCAACUUCCUUCAGAGGCUUUGGAGGACUUGGCCAUCAUUGUUGAGGUUCUAGAGGAGGACCUUAAAGCCAACAAACUAUGCAGGUGUAUCGGGGAGUUCUUCCCAUCUCCAUACUUUCCUCACAGCAUUGGACAACAGCUGGGAGAGACACUUCCUUCUUGUUUAUUAAAGAGCAUUGUUCCACGAUCAGGGCCUGUGCUUCAGAGACAGGUUUUUUUGACUCUGUGUCUUUUCUCUGACAGAGAAAUGCAAACCACAUUCACCCCCAGCAGCCAGACCCCUCUUCCGUCCCCUGGUGGACAUACAGGAAGUUCCGGGGAUGAGGCAGAAGACUUGUCUUCCCAUCAUAUGGUCAUCUUCACCCACACUAACGCUGAAUACAAAGGGCACUCAUCUGAAGAGUUUGUAAUCCAGAGCAAGUCCAGCCCGUGCUUUUGGGAAGGCCUCCAAGACCAAGCAAGGGACCCCCAUGGAUAUGCUGCCACCCAGUGCUCAUGGGAAACUCACCCUUUUUUCCAGUUGCAGCAACCAAGGGGAAAGAACCUACUGAGGAGUGUUUCUGACCAGGAUCUUACAGAGUUUCAGAAGGGAGGUGGGAUACUUCUUCACAAUGUAGUAAGUCAAGGACAAAGAUGUUUGGCUUCUUCGAUUGGCCAACAAGUAGCAUCAGUAAACCGGCUGGAUGUCAAAGAUGCUGCAGGAAAGACCGCCUUGCAUUUGGCUGCACAGAGGAACCAGCACUUGUUGCUCAGUGAUCUGAUUCUCCUUGGUGCUGACGUUAACGUGAGAGACGGACACGGGAGGACGUGUCUUCACCUAAGCGCCGAGAAGGGAAACUUCAGAACCUUGGAGGUUCUGAGAAAUUUCAUGAAUAGUGGUGUUCACAUCAACGUGAAAGCAAAGGACAUGAACGGGAACAGUGCCCUCCAUUGUGCAGCGGAGGCCUUGCACGUGGUUGACUGGGAGCUGCAGUUCUGCACGGACGCCAGGCGGGUAGAGGUUCUCACACUGCAGAAGGAGCACCUCAAGGAGACCAUGAAGGGCCUGCUGCAGAUGGAAGAGCUGCAUCACAUGCAGACCUACAGAAGCAAAGUCAUCGAUGGCGAGGGGAAUCCGAACAUCUAUAAUGAUGUGGCCAGGAGUGCAGUUCAAAAUGUAGGUCAGGAUGACAAGGGGCAAGUAGGGUGGGGCAGCCCAGUCUAUGGGCACGCCUUGUCUAUGUGGUAAACUCGAAAACCAACAAGAUUAUGAAAUAUUACGCAAAUAUUGUAGGGGUGGGAGAUAAGUCAAAAAUAUCAAAUCAUGAUUUUUUUUAAUGCCAGGAUGACGAUCUUACAGCAAUUCUUUUCCAUGCUGGUUUUUAAGACUAUCUGGUAACACUUUAUUUGACUUGGAACAACUAUUAUAAUAUUAUGCUAUUAAUUAACCACAAGCUAAGACUUGGUUACAUACAGAUCUCAUUCAUCAUGAAUUAAUCAUUAAUUAAUUCAUCAGUUAAUCAUUAUGCAUGUUUUAUCUCAAGCAGUUACUAUAUUUGUUACUAUAUCUGUUAAUUCUGUAAAACUGAACUAUUGAAGGAACUGCUGAGGGAACAAGUCAUGAAUAACACAAGUGAAAUACUGAUCUCAUUUUUGUUCAUCAUUAAUGAAUCGUGACGCAUCUUUUAUCUCAAGUAAGCUGUAUUUUUUUCACGCUUCUGUUCAUAACUUGCACUUCAGUAGUAACUGAGUUAUUACUAAGUAUUUGUGCCCCGUCUCGCGCUCAUUCAAGAAAUAUUACGGCAUAUUCAUAUUACUCCAUUACAAACCUAAAAUUAGCUAAUAUAUCAAAAGCGCUAGAGUAAGGUAAUUAAACUGCCACAUACAUGUAAAUGCGUGUGCAGACUAGUCUUGAGUUGAAAAUCUCACGCCAACCAGCUGAGCAAAAUUAGUAGCCCUGCUUUCGGAUGUUUUCUUUUGAGGUGGCUAAAAGUGGUUCGUCGUAUUGCUAUUCGACGUGCAAACUUUAUCGUUGUAAAUACCCAUUGGUAUUUCGAAAAUAUAAACAACUUAUUGAAAAUAUAAACUACCGAUAUUGAAUUAUUUUUCAGGAACCAAACCUUCUCGGUUAUGUUGCCAAACAGGGAACGUGUUGUACAUCGCGCGUUGCAUGCUGGGAUUAGGGCGCGAAUUUCUGUUAUUGGUUUAUUGGCGUGUUGAAAACAAAAGAGUUGUAUGAACCAUGCAGCUGCAGCUGCUAGAAUAUGCACUGUAACAUGAUACGAAAGAUCCGUAAAGGCAUUUUAAUCGUUCACAUCUUAUAUCGUCAAAUCGCACAGCCCUACAAUGUUGCGUCUGUUCUCUGUAAGUAGACUACUUAAUCAAUAGAUGAACAGCAUCCACCAGCUUGUCACAAACUGAGGUCAAAAUGUAAAAUGACAGUCAUUUGUCAGUAUGGAUACAGUUUCUGUUUGUUUUGUAAUAUAUCCCACUUAUGACUAGGCAUUAAUCUUAAUAGCUGUCAUUUAGAUGCAGGUGCUGGGCCGAUAUAACUAACAUGCAAAUUUACAGGAAUGACAGCUCGAUGAUACCCCGUGAUCUUCGUUUAUCUGUUAGAUCUCCCUGAAGGUUUGGUUCAGGUCUAGAGCACAGCCAAGCUUGCGUGCUGCAACACAACCUUGUGUUUCACCAGCUAAGUGGCUGCACAUGUUCCAUUUUCUGUGAAAUUUAAAUACUUCUUCGGUAAAGUCUGUAAAUGCUGCAAUAAAAAUGAAUGUGAAAACUAAUAAAAUAUUAAAACUAGGGCAAUGUGGCCAUUGUAAGUACAACAAAUAUAGUUGGUUUCAAUGAGUGCAGGAGUCUUUUAACUAUUAACUGUUAUUGUAGCUGAAAUUGAAAUAAAUGCAUGACUCUUAGAAUAUAAAUAGUAUCAG